AUGGACGAUUGGGAAGAAACAUCAAUACCCAACAGCAAAAUCCAAACGUUGAUCAGCAGUUGCGCAGCAUUGAAGCCGGAACCAGAGUUACUACACAAGGCAUCCUUAUUCACAGAAGGCGGCGAGUAUUCCAGGAUCUGGAUCAAAAAAGAUGUUUACGAUGGCGAGCCUAUUUAUUAUUACUAUAAAAUCAAAAUACUUGUAAUAGAAAAAGAUGAAAACGAGAAGGAAAAUACAUUUUUAUUUGUCCAAAACUGGGGAGCUUUUGACACAAUCAAUCAUCGCAAGCGCUCUGAUAACUUACCUCUCAGACAAUGUCUUCAAAAAUUUAUGAUCCAGUCGUCUGAGCGUAGCAGAAAUUUCAUUUUCUCCAAAGUUAAAGAAAAUAACAUUAGCAACAAUCCUUUGCCGGAGCCUGUUCGAGAGCUGAUUGCAAAAUAUAUUUUCGACAUGAGUUUUCUCAAGAAAAUGAUUGACGACUACACAUUAAAUGUAAAGGAUACAAUAUUUACAUUUCUUGGAGUUACCUCGGAGGUAUCGGAGGUCACAUGUGCUACAUCUGAAUUGGCUGAUUAUCGACAAGAAUUCACGACCCAGAUCCAAUCAUCAUUGUCUUAUGGUACAAUACGUGAAUUAUUGGAGAAGCAAAUAACUUGUGAAGCUACUGAUAAGAUUAACGACAGGAGCAGGACUUUCAGCCUGAUGAAUUUUUAUUACAAACAAUUGCACACGACAAUUAGAGUCCUUGAUAGAAACUCUGAACGCUACAGAAUAAUUGAAAAAUACUUUACUAAUUCGCAGUCAAUGACUUCUGUUGAUUCCUAUAUUUUAAAUGGCAAUCCUCUCAAGUUAAAGUAUGUAUUUGAAAUUGAAAGGCCAUAUGACAAUGUCAGAUACACCAAAGAUUUUAAGAACAAGCAACUACUUUGGCACGGAACAAGGAGAUUUAACAUCCCGUCCAUUUUGUACGAGGGUUUUAAAAUAAGUAAAGCAAAAGGAGGUUUAUUCGGCACCGGUACUUACUUUACUAAUGCAAUGACUAAGUCUUGGAGAUAUUGUGGAUCUUACUGUGAAGGAGUCCUUUUUCUUUGUGAGGUUGCUUUGGGCGAAAUUUCGACUGGGAAUAAUGGCUUUGUGAAUGGAUACGAGGAAAAUCCAUUAACUGAUGGUAAAAAUUCAGUGCAUGGAGUUGGAAAUUAUUCGCCGAAUAUCAAUGACUUUGAUAUUAUUGAUGAUGAUGUCUUGGUACCUUAUGGAAGACUUGAAUUUAAAUAUAACAGUGGAUUGGAAUUUGAUGAGUUUAUUGUUUACAAUACCUCUCAAAUAAAAAUAAGGUACCUCGUUACCUUUUAG